AUGGCGUAUGGUGUUGGGGCUGACAUCGUUGACGAAUAUGUCCGACUAGCUGAAACAACUGCAAGAAAUUGUAUGAUUGGAAGCAUCGACUGUAUGCAUUGGGAGUGGAAGAAUUGUCCGACCGCUUGGAAAGGAAUGUAUUCACGAGGACACGAUAAACCAACAAUUGUGUUGGAGGCGGUAGCUUCUCAAGACCUCUGGAUAUGGCACGCGUUUUUUGGAGCUCCAGGUACUUUGAACGAUCUUAAUAUUCUUGAUCGAUCACCUGUUUUUGAUGAAAUAAUUAACGGAGACGCUCCCGAAGUCAAUUUCCAUGUCAACGGAAGGGAAUACGGUUUGGCUUACUUUCUUGCCGAUGGAAAUAUUAUCAAAGCUUGUAUCAUACUUCAUAAUAUGAUUGUCGAAGAUGAACGAGGUUCCUACCUUCACGCUACAGAAUUUCAACAACCAGAAGACAUGGAUCCCACUUUUGUAGUCAAACGGACUACAAACCUCCGUACUACACUGGGUCGUCGAGCAGAAGUUCGAGAUACUCAAGGCCAUCAUCAAUUAAAAGAAGAUUUGGUUGAACAUAUAUGGGCUAAGUUUGGACAUCUACCGAGUCAUAACAAUGUUUAA